CUUCAGCUCUUCAAAGAACGAACCGCCUGUUACACGUUUCAUCAUCGAAUAUGACAGCGACCCCGGAAGUUCAGAAAUCGAUUGAAGAAGUCUACACGAAACUCCAAGGAGCUUCUGACUGCUCGUCACUUCUCAAGAAGCACUUGACAAAGGACGUUGUCGCCAAGAACAAGUCGAAGAAGACCCGUCUCGGAGCAACUCUUUUGGAUGUCAUUCAGUCGGGCGGAGAGAACCUCGAUUCGGGAGUCGGAAUCUAUGCUCCAGACGCGGAGAGCUACACCUUGUUCGCGGAUCUUUUCAAUCCUGUGAUCGAAGAGUACCACAAUGGAUUCAAGGCAACCGACACUCAACCAGCAAUGGAUUUGGGAGAGAAAAAUGUUGGAGAACUUGCCGAUCUCGACCCAGAGGGCAAAUUCAUUGUGUCGACACGUAUCCGCUGCGGACGUUCUCUGCAAGGAUACCCAUUCAAUCCAUGUCUCUCUGAGACCAACUACAAGAUGAUGGAAACCCGUAUGAAGGAGAUCUUCAACAGCAUCACCGAUCCCGAGCUCAAGGGAACGUACUACCCUCUGACUGGAAUGGAUGAGGAGACGAAGAAGAAGCUCAUUGCUGAUCACUUCCUCUUCAAAGAAGGUGAUCGCUUCUUGAAGGCUGCCAAUGCCAACCGUUAUUGGCCAAACGGACGUGGAAUCUUCCACAAUGAGAAGAAGACUUUCUUGGUUUGGGUCAACGAGGAGGAUCACUUGCGUAUCAUCUCUAUGCAAAAUGGAGGAAAUGUUGGUGAAGUUCUCGCCAGACUCAUCAAAGGACUGAACCUCGUCGCUGCCAAGGCUCCAUUCGCUCGUCAUCCACGUCUCGGAUGGCUCACCUUCUGUCCAACCAACUUGGGAACAACUGUUCGUGCAUCGGUUCACAUUAAGCUGCCAAAGAUCUCGGCAAAGGACGAUUUCAAGAAGAUUUGCAGUGACAUGAAGCUUCAGAUUCGUGGAAUUCAUGGAGAACAUUCGGAAUCGAAGGAAGGAAUCUAUGACAUCUCGAACAAGCAGCGUCUUGGGCUUACCGAGUAUCAAGCAGUUCGUCAGAUGUACGAUGGAUUGAAGAAGUUGAUUGAAUUGGAGAAGGCCGCCGCCUAAGAAGAUCACUUUCAAUUUCUGAUUUGGAAUAAAUUUUAGUAGAU